AUGUUCCUCACGGCGACGAGCGGGACUUCAAAAUCCCUACAAGAGGCCAUCGAGAGCGAAGACAAUGAAUUGGCGUCCAUGCGCUACCCGGACCUCGUACGGCAGUUUUGCGACGCCAUCGACGGCCAAAGGAGUGACCUCGAGCACAUGAUCUGCAAACUCCUCCAAGUAUCGACAUGCGAGAUCAUUUCAUCCAACCUAUGGAUAUCUGGCAGCUUCAAUGCAGCAAUCUUGCACGACGACACCGUUGCUCUAAACAACAGGCCGCUAAACUUAUAUAUGCACAUGCUGGAAAACGAGGGCGUCGCGUCGGGGAUACCCCGUGGGCGGACGUACGCCGAGGUGGACGGCUACCUCUCGGACCUGCUCUCGCUGCAAGACGCGAAGCUGCGCGGCCAGCCUAAUGCCAUGUUCGACGUCGAGGACGGGCGGCGGCAGCUCGCGGCCUGCGCGGGGAUGCGCGCCGUCCUGCACCACUUUGUCGACCCGGACACGCGGCAGGGGCCGUUCUACCUGACGCUCAACGACCUCAUCCAGGCCAACAUCUUUGUCGACGAGCAGUGGAACGUCACGUCCAUCAUCGACCUCGAAUGGACGCACACGCUGCCUGCUGCGAUGCAGAGCCCCCCCUACUGGCUCACGUCCAAGUCUGUCGACGGGUUCCAUGACCAAAAGGAUCGCCAAGACUUGGACGAGGCCGUUCAGGAAUACCUGAGCAUGUACGAGAAGGAAGAGGUGCGACGAAACCGCUCCAGGAGACAGGCGGCGGCGCAGCGGGGAGCCUGGGACAGCGGCGGCUUCUGGUUCUUCCGGGCCGCGACGGUGCCCAAGGCCAUGUACAACCUCUUCAACUGGCACAUCCAGCCCCUGUUCCACCAGACACACCCCGACGAAUCCGUCUUUGACGAGGUCUUGUUCUCCUACUGGGGCAGACGGGCAUCCGCAUUUGUAGACGACAAGAUGGGAGAGAGGGACAAGUAUGUGCAGGAGCUGACCAAGGUGUACCGUGAUAUGGACAUUGUAGAGUGA